AUGGACGAAACAUCUCCCAUCUCACUGGCAUUUGAGAAAACAUCAGAACAACACACUGGAGCACCAGAACAACAAGAGGAAACACCAGAACAUCACACUGAAGCACUAGAACAACUAGAGGAAACACCAGAACAACACACUGAAGCACCAGAACAACCAGAAGAAACACCAGAACAACAAACUGGAGCACUAAAACAACCAGAGGAAACACCAGAACAUCAAACUGAAGAAAAACCAGAACAUCAACCUGAAGCACUAGAACAACCAGAGGAAACAUCAGAACAACAAACUGGAGCACUAGAACAACCAGAGGAAACACCAGAACAUCAAACUGAAGCACCAGAACAACUAGAGGUAACACAAAGACAACAAACUGAAACAUUAGAACAACACACUGAAGCACCAGAACAACCAGAGGAAACACAUGAACAACAAAUUAAAGCACCAGAACAACCAGCGGAAACACACGAACAACAAACUGAAGCACCAGAACAACCAGAGGAAACAUCAGAACAGCAAACUGUAGCACCAGAAAAGCCAGAGGAAACACAAAAACAACAAACUGAAGUACCAGAACAAUCAGAGGAAACACAAGAACAACAAAUUGAAGCACCAGAACAACCAGUGGAAACAUCAGAACAACAAACUGAAGCACAAGAACAACCAGAGGAAAAACAAGAACAACCAGAAGAAACAUCAGAACAACAAACUGUAGCACCAGAACAACCAGAGGACACACAAGAACAACUCACUAUAGCACCAGAACAAAUAUCAUGA